AUGGCACAAAGUGAAAGCGACUGUAGUGUCAGCAUUUGUAAUGAGUCCAAAAUAUUACAAGUUGAUCCGCCAGAGGUGUUCGACAUUUACGGCAUCGAUGAUCCGACGCGUAAAGAUGAAGAGUCUGUUAUUAGGCCGUUUGGGUCGACUACUUCCAUCGACACAGAUCAGGUGGAUUGGAGUGAGCACUCAGAAGGCGAAGAUCAAGUGUGUGGCUUCGGCAUGGGGUAUUCGUCAGAAGACAGUGAGUGGAACGAUCGGUGGCUCAAAAAACGAGCCAUUUGCUUGCCCGAAGGCUGGGAAGAGCGCACUAAGCCCAUUACUUGCGAGACCUACUACUUUAACACCCAUACGCAGACAGAAUACUUGCGCUUUCCGAUCGGCAGGCAUGGCGGCCCGACAGCCUGUGUAACAGAUGAUUUAGUUUACCCAUGGACUCGUUUUCGCUGCAGUCAUAUACUGGUCAAGCACAGAGACAGCCAGCGACCCACCUCGUGGCGUGAAAAAAUCAUAACAAGAAGCCGGUCUGAGGCACGAGCUUUGCUGGAGAACGGACGCCAGAAAAUUGUGGCUGGGAAAAUGGAAUUCGAUGAGCUUGCGCGCGUCAUAUCCGACUGUUGUUCGGCUCGCCAUGGCGGAGACUUGGGAAAUUUUAAACUGGACCAAACCCAUUGCGAAUUCGAGCGCGAGGUGCUGCGCCUUCCGAAAGGAGAGCUCUCACAAAUUUUCGAGACGCGCGCUGGUUUCCACAUUGCUGUGCGUAUGGCUGCCAGUGGCGAGAUGUCGGAAGGGGAGCUCAAAAAGAAAGAACGCAUCGGAAAACUGAGCAAUAUAAACGAUAGAGGUAGGGACAAAAUGCAUUUGAAGAAGAAACAACACGGCGUUGUUUCACUGCAGCAGCAAGAUAAACUUAAGGUAAAGCAUUACGAGCGCAAAGCUGAGAAGAAGUAUAUCAAGGAUAUACAGCGCGAAGAUGGCAACCCAAGCCGCUUGCUUCGGCAACACGAAGCUUCUUACAGGAGCCUGGACCUUUUGCAGAAAAUUGUCGACAGAGUGAGUGGAAAGAAAAAUAAAAAGAAAGUUCAGCGUGCGGCAGAAAAGAAAAAUUUGGUGCGCGAGUAUAACGAAAACUUUGAAAGGAACCACUUGCUUAAACAGUUGCUAUGUGAAAGAAAUCGGGAAUGUUCGGAGCAGUCAAGCAACGAGCCCCCAACUGAAGUUUGUAGCAGCACAGAAACGGACAUAUGUUCCUGCGCAGACAAAAGUCUAUAUUCGAGUACCACGACGCUUUCUCCUGUUACCGACACUGAGUUUUCCUCAAACAUUCAAAGAACAUUAGGUGGUGUUUCCAACACUGGGAACAGAAUUCCUCCUAUAGAUAAAGUUAAUUCCAUUUCUAGCAUCGAAAAAGCCCGCCCUGAUGUUGUCAAGAAAAGUAAAAAAAAUCUUGGUUCCAAUAAAAAACGCUCUUCAGAUUGUUCAAGUACACCGACACUGCCAUCCCCUCGUUAUGUACUGACAAAUCCUAAAUUAUUUCGAAAGAAUACAAAGCGCAAUUUCCAUCCAUUUAUGCAGAAAUACCCCAGAUGUCCGUUAUCCCGUAUAUAUGUUCCGCGCUCAAUUCAUUCCAUAUACUCCGAUACAAUUAUACGGCCAGAAACAUCAGCUUUAGAUGAUUCCAGCCAUGCCGAGCUCAUCAAAUGAGUUUGCCGCUAUCUAUGUACUAUAUGUUGAAAAAGGGAGCGGACUCGAAAAAGAAUGUAACGCAAGAAUGUGACAAACAAAUCGAUUCUGAGGACAAUUUACUUUUGAACUAAGUAUUCGGUUUUUAAUCAAAAUGCAAAAUUAUGGAGUAAAUAUAAUGAAUGUCCUUAUAAAUAAAUAUAAA